AUGGGCUCCGGACCUCAGAAAUACUUGCUCUCUGACGAGGAGUCUCGCAGAGUUUUCGAGACAGAGAUCGUGCGCGACGAGCUAGAGUACCUCCAGGGAAGCGGCCACGUCAAUGACGGGCUGCAGCCGCUGGCCGUGAUCCUCGUGGGUCAGACCGGCGCCGGCAAGACAAGGACAGCCCCGGCGCUGAAGGAGGCCCUUUCCAACAUCAACCGCACGCCCGCCCACUUCAUCGCUGAUACCUACAAGACCUACCACCCGGAGUACGCCAACAUCAUCAAGGAGAAGCCCGAACUGGCAUCGCCAGCAACGGGGCCGGACGCGCGGAAGUGGCUGGAGAUGGCCUGCCAGUAUGCGAUCCAGCACCGCAUCGACUGCCUGGUCGAGUCUGCCUGUCGGCACCCGGACGAUUUCUGCUCCUUGGCGCAAGCCUUUCACGAUGGAGGGUACCGGGUCAAUGUUGCCGUCUUGGCCGUGCCCGAAGCACUCAGUUUAUUGGGUAUCCUGAUCCGCUACUACAAGAACCUGCCGGAGGCUCAGUCCCGCAAUCUUCCUCUUCGCCUGACACCUAAGAAGGUGCAUGACGACACUUACACGGGUUUGUUGACUGCGGCUGCCUUCGUCGACGAGUCGGAUGCUGUUGAUGAGGUAAUCGUCGUGCGCCGCAAUAACCUCGUUGCGUACCACAAUGGUCGCGAAGGCAACGGCGGUGAGAGGACGUGGAAACGCCCUACUGGAACUGAACAUGCACUCGACAUCGAGCGGGUCCGCCCAUUGACAGAAGACGAACUGGCAACCGCUCAUGCCGACCUGUUGACGCUUGAGGACCAUAAGGACGACAAAGGUGUCGCGGCUUCCGUCAUGGAUAUUAAGGAUUACCUAUCCGCGCUGCAAGCCAAAGGGUCGAGCAUGACGUCGUUCCCACAGCUCACACCUCUUGACGCGGCUGCCUUCGUGGCGGAGGGCACCUCUGAGAUGCAUGCCUCUCGAGGACCUGGAAAGUUGUCGAUCGAGGAGGAGAUCGCACGUGAGGAGCCCGAGGCAUGA